CAUCAGGACAGGAAGUGACGUCAGAGGGGAGAAGACUGCUGAGCUAGGUUCCCUUCACAGCAGCACCACAGGAAGCGGGAGACCUACAGCUACGACGGACUCUGUCCAAAAUCCGUCUUCAUCCUCGGAAAUUUGUUUUUUAUCGACAUCAAAAACAUCGCGAGCAUAACGUGGACACUUUAAACUUUCCAGAAAGCCCUGUAUUGUCACGAUAUGACGUUUGUAAUAUUUUAAAGCGAAGGCGAAAGAUUGUGGGAUCCGACUUCAUCCGGAGGGACGAAUUUUCGGACAGAAACCCGCCGCUGCUGCUUGUUUCCACUUUUCCAAAUUUUAUUUUUAUUUUUAUAUAUAUAUAUAUUUUUUACUGCCAAGUGCUUUAAGUCUGAGCAUUUUCAGAAGAUUUAAGAGCUAGCUAGAAAGCUGGUUGACCACAUCCUUCACCAUGGAGUUGAGAGUUGGAAACCGAUACAGACUGGGUAGAAAAAUUGGAAGCGGUUCGUUUGGAGACAUCUAUCUGGGCACGGACAUCUCAGUCGGAGAAGAAGUCGCCAUAAAACUGGAAUGUGUCAAAACCAAACACCCGCAGCUCCACAUCGAAAGCAAAAUCUACAAGAUGAUGCAGGGAGGAGUUGGGAUCCCAACAAUAAAGUGGUGUGGUGCUGAGGGUGACUACAACGUGAUGGUGAUGGAGCUUCUCGGGCCGAGUCUGGAGGAUCUGUUCAACUUCUGCUCUCGCAAGUUCAGUCUGAAGACGGUCCUUCUGCUGGCAGACCAGAUGAUCAGCCGCAUCGAGUACAUCCACUCCAAGAACUUCAUCCACAGAGAUGUCAAACCAGACAACUUCCUGAUGGGUCUGGGCAAGAAGGGAAACCUGGUCUACAUCAUCGACUUCGGUCUGGCUAAGAAGUAUCGUGAUGCGCGCACACACCAGCACAUCCCAUACCGCGAGAACAAGAACCUGACUGGCACUGCCCGCUACGCCUCCAUAAACACACAUCUGGGAAUCGAACAGUCCAGGCGAGACGAUCUGGAGUCUCUGGGAUACGUUCUCAUGUACUUCAACCUGGGUUCUCUCCCCUGGCAAGGGCUGAAAGCCGCAACCAAGAGGCAAAAGUACGAGCGCAUCAGUGAGAAGAAGAUGUCCACACCUAUUGAGGUUCUCUGCAAAGGCUACCCAUCCGAGUUUGCCACAUACCUGAACUUCUGCCGCUCUCUGCGGUUCGACGAUAAACCCGACUACUCGUACCUGCGGCAGCUCUUCAGGAACCUUUUCCACAGACAAGGCUUCUCCUACGACUACGUUUUCGACUGGAACAUGCUCAAGUUUGGUGCCAACAGAGCUGUGGAGGACGCAGAGAGGGAGCGCCGGGAGCGCGAGGACAGGCUGAGGCACGGCAGGAACCCUGGAGCCAGAGGCAUGGCGUCCGGCUCUGGAAGAGCCAGGGCCCCCCAGGAUGCUGCAGCCCCAUCCCCACUUAACCCCGCCUCUCACACAGGCAUGGAGAAAGAGAGGAAGGUGAGCAUGCGUCUUCAUCGUGGAGCCCCGGUCAACAUUUCCUCCUCAGACCUGACGGGACGCCAGGACACAUCUCGCAUGUCCACCUCACAGGCUCUGUCCCGGGUCACACCCAGCGGGCUCCAGUCUGCGGCUCCUCGGUGAAACCCCCCUGUGUCCACCUGUCCACCACGGAGGCCUCGACUUGCACCGCCUGCAGCACACACACUCGCUCACACACACACACACCUCCACAUGGACUGCCAGAAGCCUCACGUGACUCAGAGGACUGCCAACCAGAGCACAAGAGCCUGGCUGUGCUUCUGUUCACUCAUGGAAAAAAGACGCACAGUCAGGAUGUUGUAUAUGUGUGUGGGUGUGUGGGAAACAAAGGGAUGGGCAGGUGGAGCAGUUUGGUUGCCUUAACUACCAUCUUGACAAAGUAGCAGCCACAAAAACUCUUCUUCCUGUCUUGUGGAAGAUGUGGAAACGCCCCUCCUCCUCCUCCCCCUUCUGGUGAUGAAGCCAUGGAUUCAUCUUUCUCUGGCAACCUCCUUUAUGGUUUAACUUAUGUUUCUGUUCAGCAUUAAAUCUUCUCCUGAAGCAGCUGGUCAUCCUCGUGACAGCCCGAGUGUUGGACGUGUUUUUGAUUUCCUUCAGGUGGAAAGGGCGUGGAGAGACCUCGCAUGCCCACAAAGUGACUCUUUGUCUUAAUUUCUGAGUUGUGACGUUGCUGUGGAUGCGAUGGAUGAGAGCAGCGUGCUCAGGAGCGCAGGUUGUGAAGCCACAUCGCGUUCAGGUCAGAAAACUGUGAAUAAGGCAGUGCAGAGCGGCUGGUGUUUUAGAGCCGUGCGUGUUUGUGUGUAUUUAUGUGCUUCUGUCUCAGAGUGUCACACUCUGGAAGGGGUGAGGGAUCCGGGUGAUCAGGUUUUUAUUUGACAUUUUGACUUUUUUCUUUCUUUUUUUGUACCUCAGCCCGUAUGGCGUCUCCAUCUGCUUCCUUUGGUGUCAGACUGGUUCUCCUCUUCAGCCAAUCAUCAACCCAAGUUCAUUUUUGAGAAUCUGUCAUUGCUGCCGUUUGAAGGCCGUUCACAUGAACACUUCUGCACCCGAGUCACCAUGUGUUUAUU